GGGGGACGAAGGACUGCCUCUCAGGUAGGAGCCGCUUUAAAAAAAGGCACAGCUGAGGAUCGUGGCACAGCAGAUCCUGGAGCUGCAGUCCAUCCAUCAACCGUAGCAGUGAGGAGCAGUUUGCCCUUUAACGAUGAUCAAGGCGGUGUUUUCUGUGCUCUUGGUCCUGAUGGCCAUUUCCUCAACCUUUGCCAAAUACAUCCCCAAAACUGGCAAGAGGGUUCCACAGACUCUGUCCAGAGGGUGGGGUGAUCAGCUGAUCUGGGCUCAGACCUAUGAGGAGGCUCUCUUUUGGUCCAGGUCAAGAAACAAGCCUCUAGUGGUCCUGUUUCACCUGGAGGACUGCCCACACAGCCAGGCGCUGAAAAAGAUGUUCUCUGAGGACGACCAGCUCCAGAAGAUUCUGGAUGAGGAUUUCAUUGUCCUCAAUCUAGUGGUAGACCCCUCAAUGACAGUGAGAGCUGAUAUCAAUGGUCGCUAUGCCAAUCGCUUGUACGCUUAUGAACCUAGCGACAUCACCCUUUUGAAAAGCAACAUGCAGAAGGCAAAGAAGCUCCUGAAGUCAGAGCUGUGAGCACCAGGACUCACCCUGGGAAACAAAGCUUCUGAUGGCACACGCAGAAGUUUACAUGUGGAACAUUUCCUCUCUUCAGCUUUAGCCACAAUGUUUUUGCCUGAACUGCCAUACCGAUGUUCCAUGCGUCUGUUUUUGCUAUCACCAUCUCUGUUUUGAUUAAAUAUACUUUUGUUCAGACAGCCGGUUUACUUUUUAGUUUUUCUUGGUUAUUAACAUCCCUUGGGACAUUUCCUUUAAGUGUUAAUGUAUCUCCAGUGUGGCAUGAAAACCAAAAAUCCUCCAUUGUAAUAUUCUGUGUGCAUGACGGAUCUGAGGCAAAUUAGAAGUCUGGGAGGGCUACAGAAUGAACUCCAAUAGAAGGGAAGCAGAGUAUGAUGCUGCUCAGCCAGCUCUCUGCAUCUGAUCUAUUCAUCAACUGUAUGCAUUUCUUUAAGGCCACAACAAUAAACCGCAUACAAAA